UUUAUCACGCACUUAAAAAAUGUCGAUAUUUUUCAAGCCGCGCAAAGCCUAAAACCGGGCUCGUGCACGUCUCACGGGAUGUUGCAAGUAUGUGUCUACAUUCAUACCGGUAUACAUAAAUGAUUCUUCGUUGCGUAAGCUUGUUUAGCCGAUCAUUGCCUCCGGAUGACAAGUUUACGGUCACUGGUGUGCUAUCAAUUUGAUUGCUCAAAUCGAAAUAACACGAACUUUGAAUAGUAUGUGUAUGUUUGAAUAGCCAGUUAAAGUGAAGGCUAGUUUGAGCUUCGUCGAGCUAGUUUUGCUAAAGAAAACGGGAAGCUGAUGCCAAAGUUGCCAAUGUCCGGAAUGUCGUAAGAACGAUAUGUAAUGUGAUUUAAGUCAAGCAAGCACUGUUUGCAGAGAUGAACUGCUGUACACAAUAAGAUUUACAAUAAUCAAAAUGAAAGGAUUACGAGUAUAAGAUGAUUGCUAAAUUAAACUUAGUAGAAAAAUGUAACCGUAGUUUACACAGUCUUGUCGUUGUAGAUGUAAGAGCUCUCGCAUGAUGAGGGCAAUAAUAGGCUUCAGCACUUCUAUUCAGCACAUUCUUUGUUUGUACUUCUGUUUGUGUUGGCACGGUUGAUUGACCCUAUUCUAAUCACUUACAACGAUCAUAAGCUGAUGCCUUUGGGAUAAUGUUCGGUUAAUGCUUAAACUAUGUUUCGUUAUUGGAACAAAUGAAUGGAAUUGGCCAUAAUUUCUUCCAAACUAAGCAUUAAGCAAAAGUAUAAAUGUUGAGUGUUGAGCAACUCAUAGCAUCAGUCAAUAAGUUGAAUCAGUCCAUCAUGCACCUGAUUUUAGGUACUCUUCUUACGUUUGCGGUGCUAAUCCACGCUGCACCCGGUCCGUGUGAAUUGCCAAGCUUAUCGGAAGUUGGCAGCCAGUAUUUGGUAUUUGGGCAGGAUUGCAGACAGUACGCGUAUGGCUACAAUGCUGGAUCAUCGGCUAAGGUGGAAUUGAAGAGCGCAGAUGGCACGGUAUACGGUGCCUAUCACUAUAUCGAUGCCAACAACGUUACCCAGAAAGUGAACUACACGGUAAAUGACGUGGAUGGGUUUGUGGUGGAAGCAUCUAACUUGCCUGCGCCAGUAAAAGAUGAUGUUUCCGAUGCUUUAACAACAACAGAAGUGCCAACCACACUGCCGUCUGUUGUUCCGGAGCAAGAAACAACUCCGUUCAAACUAGUGCGCGAGUCUAGUGUCAAUCAAUCCAAGGAUCGUGAUAUAUAUUUGAAACCAAUCCUUUCCGUAUGGUUUCCUGCCAGUUCGUACAACCCUGACCAUGUCGUAGUGCAGCACGCUGAACUUUCAGCAUCGAUGCAAGAACACGAUAAAAGAGUUUGAAGGAUUGUCCUGGGUAUAGUACACCACGGUGUUACAAACAAAACAAAUAUAUAAUUCAAUAAAUUGUAUGGUCAAUGUUCAUGUAGUACGAAUAUAGAAAUUGUAUCGUGAAU